CGCACAUCUCGACUGUCUAUUCACACAUGCUAUGCACAGAUGGCACGCCGAAAUCCAGGUUUUGUUAGUAAGCGACCACAUAAGAAAUCUAGAGCUGGCUGCGUGACAUGUAAGAAGAAGAAAGUGAAGUGUGAUGAGGGCCAGCCAGCAUGCUCGUAUUGCGCUCUUCGGAGCAUAACGUGCAUAUAUCCACCCCCGGAGCAAGCACGUUCACGAGAAUCUACGACACCCCGGGACUCUUCAGAAGAUUUGACUCCAGUCAGUGCACAGAUGAUUCCAGCAUGCUACACUUCGUCUGGCCAAUUCUCCUCACUGGAAUUCGAGUUAAUGCACCACUACAAGGGAUCUGUGUGGCCUACGUUGAGCGGUCGAGUCGAUGAGUCAAUCCAAUACUUGAACAGAGAUUGGGUACCCAUCAAGUCUGUUUCAACUGACUAUCUUCGAUUCUCCAUUCUGAGCAUGUCAGCUUCGCAUUUGAACCUGAUGACGCCCAGCAUUCGGCUUGAGACGGCCGCUUUGCAUUAUCGCCAGAAGGCUAUCAAAAGCUACAUGGCCGCGCUGAAUAACAUCACCUCGGAUAACUAUCAGACUCUUCUCAUGACUAGUCUCUACAUGAUGGGCAUGGUCUCACCUCCAGAACAACCCUGCACAGAUGAUGAGUGUAUAAAGUGGAUGAAUGCACUGUUCAGGAUGAUGCAAGGGUUGAGAGUAUUAGCGGGCUUGAAGUGGAUUGCGGGUAUUGAGAAGUUGGAGGUCUAUCCAAUAUUCAGGCGGGAGGUUAAGACCUUGCCUGCACCGCCUCCAAUCAGAAGCUUACCGUCUGAUCCGAAGUUUUGGUCGACAAAGAGAGCAGGCGGGGAUGAUCCUGUUAGGCCAAACCCACCAAGCACGUACGAAACACCUACACCAAAUGCUACGCCAUCACCACCGCAAAGCCCAGCCAGUGUCAGUUCAGGGAAAGAUAUGUCCGAUCUGCCGUUCCGACCAUUGCAGCUCAUGUCUGCUGGACAUACGCCAUAUGCACCUCAAUCUUGGAAGAAGCCUCCUUCUUGGGAGCUUCCGUUCCCAGCCUUUCUUCCGCCACCACUAAUGUCAAUUUUAAAGAGAACGGUCGAGCCUCCGUGGGAGCAAAAAUCGUUGGAUCUCCAUGCGCCAAUCCUUUUACCAUCAAUACACGCACUCAGCCCCAUCUUUCUCUCCCUCUACUAUUAUCACUUACAUCCCGACUUCUUUACUCGUAUCAUAGUAUUUCCCACAUUCUUACCUCCCCCGUUUUUCCAGCUCGUUGCCCAGAAAGAACCACGUGCUCUCAUUAUAGUGGGCUGGUGGUUUGCUCUGAUCAGACUCUCCCCAAAUACGUGGUGGAUCGACAAGUUUGUGCCCAGAACCUUGCAGGCAAUUAGUAAUGAGAUCAUGCGGUCAAACGAUAAGGGUUACAUGGAUGCUAUGGAAGGCGCAUAUCGUAUCUCUAAAGAAGUGGAUAAGGAUGGUGGUGGAAAGAGGGGCCGCGAAAGAGCAGCAAUCAAGGUCUUUGAGGGUUGGGAUGGUGUUAUAUGGGAAGAAGGCCCUAUAAUGGAGGAGAAGCUCAGAUUCGAAGAGUACGCCGAUAUACCCCAAGUUUGA